AUGGAUCCUGACGAGAUACAGAGGCUGGUGGAUCAUCUUAAAUUGACGGAGGAGGCGGAUGAAGCUACGGUUGCUUUACCGGCAACUUUAACGGAAGAUUUGAAGAGUAAUACAAAGUUCUGCUUGGUGGGGAAGGUUUUCGCUGGAAAACAGAUCAGUAGAGAUCAAUUAUUACUUCAUCUCCCGAACAUUCUUCUAACACAACAACGGAUCGAUAUUGAGAUUGUGGGGGCUAACAUAUUCAUUGUCAAAUUUACGUCCCUCUUGGAUAAAAAGCAUGCUUUGCAUGGAGGUCCAUGGCACUUUUUCCAAGAUAUGCUUGCCCUUGCUGAAAUUGAGGGAUUUCAAAGCCCUGCGGAUGUUAAGUUCGAUACUUUUACUGGGUGGAUACAAUGUCAUAAUCUCCCUUUGGCAUGUAUGCAUCCAAGAGUUGUUCGUAAGAUUGGAGAACAAAUUGGAACGGUUGAAGAGGUGGACCUAGGGGUUGGGGGUCAAUGUUGGGGAAGGUUUGCGAGGGUUAGGGUCAGAUGGUCCUUAUCCCAACCUCUCAAAAGGUGUGUGAGAUUGCUACCGGAUGGGGAGAUGCAAGGCGCGAUUAUUUUACUUUUAUACGAGAAACUACCCAAUUUUUGCUUUAAAUGUGGGAAGAUAGGACAUAUCCUGCGUUUUUGUGAGGAAACCGGUAACGUACAAGAUGAAUUAAAGUAUGGCACAUGGCUCAUGGCUCCGAAACCAAACGAAGUCAAGCGAAAACAGUCACACAUGCCAAAACAUACUGCUACUUCGCAUACUAGUUCGACACAGGGGGCGACUCACUCGACUAAUGAAAUAAUGAGAAGGGAGGUGUCGGAGAAGAAGAGAGAGGAGGAGGUGAGCCAACUGCUGGUAAUCAGGGAGCCCAUAGAGGAGGUUUCUGGGGAGCUAUUGUCUGUUGAUCCUGGCGAAGGAAAGGAGGGUAGCAAGAGGAGGGCUUCCUCGAAGGGGAAGGUUUUAAACGAUAAGAACAAAGGGGGAGAAAAGAGUUCUACUUGGAAACGAAGGGCGAGGGAGAAGAAGGGAGAGAGUGGACAGGAAGGGGUUUUGAGGGAGCCGGAGAGGGGACGAGGGCGAGGUGGGAGAGGAGGAAGAGGAGGGAGAGGUAUGGGGGGUGUUUCAAGGGAGUUGGGAGGAGAGAAUGAGGGAGUUCAGAGUUCCUUUGAGAACGGUGAGGGUGUGCUUCAGAUUGAAGGGGGGAAUGAGGCUAUCUCAGUUGGAAAGAAAAGAACAGGGAGCUUCGCCGAGGCUGAGGAGGCGACGGCUCCGUUGAAGAAGAUUCCUCGCACAAAUGACAACUCUUUUAAUGCAAUAACGGCGGAGGCUGCGGAGCAGCCCUGCCGAGCACAAUGA